AUGUCUAGAGAUUAUUAAUUCAAGCUUCCUUCUCUCUUAAAAGGACCAAGCAUAGUUUCAAUGGAGGACCCUUAUAAACCUCCUUUAUUAUAAAAAUUUUCAUCAUCUGAUUGUUUCAAUGACUAUGAAUAAAGGCAGCCACCUUUUAGUAGAAUGUCAAGUUUCUUUUUAUACGAUUCUGGGAUACCCUUAGGGCCCAGAAGAUCAGUUACCUAUCAAAAUUAUCCGCCCCAGCUUUAACAUUUAUAAUCCUAAAAAUCAUAAAUUAUUGAAGCAAAGUAGAAAGUAGAAAUAAUACCUAAAGAGAAAGAAAAAUUAGAAUAAGAAGAAUAAUUAGAAUAAAUAGAAUAAGUAGAAUCAAAUGAGCAAGAAGAAAGAGAACAAAUAAAGAGAAAAAAAUAAUAAUAAAACUUCAAAAGGUUGUAAAUACAAAAAAAAAUAAAGAAAAAAAGAAAUAGUGAAUUAGAACAAUAACCUUGCUUUUGCAGAAAUAGUGGUUGUUUAAAAAGAUAUUGUAGAUGUUUUCAUAGUGGAAGAAUGUGUUUAAAAGAUUGUUAAUGUGUUGAAGGAUGUUUGAAUAAUCAUGAUCAUUUAGAAUAACGCAAUGAUGCAAUAAAGCAUGUUAAUGAGAAAUGCCAUAGAAAUAAGAAUGUACCAAAAGAUGCUCUAUUUAAACUCAAAGAUUGUUUUGGUUGCAAUUGUAAGAAGACUAGGUGUCAAACAGGUUAUUGUGAAUGUUUUUUGAGAAAAUCAAAAUGUACAAUGGAUUGUUAAUGCGAUAAUUGUGAGAAUGGUCUCGAUGAAGCAUACUUGGAGAGCCAACAGAAAAGAAAGAAUUAUAGAGCUAAAAGAAAAUGAGUAUAAUUAACAUAUUUUUAUGAUAUAGAGCAUUUAUUUA